UUGAUGAUCGACUUGUCUGUUGUGAAUUGGGCAUAGUUAAGUAGAUCUUCGGCGCGACCGGCAUUCGAAGAUCGAAGGUUAUCAACAGUAUACCGCUUUUCUAUUAUUUAACUUUUGCAGCGAUGCUUAUUGAAUUGCAGAAGCUGUGUCAAGCUCCCGUACCAGUACAGAAAGCACUGUCUCAGCGGAUGUUCUUCAGCGAAAAAUUGUCGCAUCGGAAUCUGACUGUUACAUUUAAUCAAUCUUCUGCUUAAAAACAUUUCAUCGUCAUUUUACGAGCAGGGCAAAAACUCUAACAAUGCACUUGUUUAAUGCGGUCCACUGUGCACUGAUAUUUUCAUUCGUGCAUUGAAUAAUCGUACACCGAAAAAUGGUGUGUGAAAAAUGCGAAAAGAAGCUGGAAAAGGUUUGUACGCCGGAGCCGUGGAAGGCGGGCUCAUUUGCUGCGGGGCCAGCUGGUACCUCAGGUGGGCGCAAACUCAACGAGAACAAAGCACUAAGUCAACGGAAAAACAAAUUUAAUCCAUACACAACAUCUUUUAAUGCCUGUCGAAUUUGUAAAACAAAGGUGCAUCAGGUUGGCUCGCACUACUGUCAAGGUUGUGCGUACAAAAAGGGAAUCUGCGCCAUGUGUGGAAAAAAGAUACUUGACACGAAAAACUAUCGACAGAGUUCUACUUAGUGUGCAUCAUGAAAAGUCGUUCAAUGAAGAGAAAUGUCAAAUAAGGUGUGACAAUUAUAUGUUAAAGAUAAAAAAUUCUCCAUCUACCUAGUCGUAUUCGGGAGUAUGUUCGUGAACCAUACAUUUAAUAUGUACAUCAAUUGCAUAUAUGUAAAAUACAUUCUGUGUAUAUGUGAAUAAAAUUAGCUGCAUUUUUGG